GACCCAUCCAUCAUCUCAGGCUCUCAAGUGCUCUCUAUACAGUAAGCAAAUUGUCUUCAAACCACAUAUGGCUGCAGCCGUUACGGUCCCGCCCAACCGCGCCGUCCUCCGGUUCGACCCUACAGGUCCCGCCCGAUCUCGACGGCCUUCCACUGCUGCUUGGAAUUCCGGCUGUAAAGUGACCAGGAAUUGGAGUUGGAGCGGCGGCGUAUCCUCCUCUCCCUCCCGCCGUGGAUUAUCAACGGUAUUACUAGCCGGCUACAGAGCGGACGACUCGGCGCCUUUCGAGAUGUCGGUUGAAAACGCUCUGAAGCUUUUAGGUGUACCGGAAGGAGCUUCUUUUGAUGAUAUAUUGAAAGCAAAGCGUACGAUUAUUGCCUCCUGCAAGGACGAUCAACAAGCGAUUGAUCAGGUUGAGGCUGCUUAUGAUAUGCUGCUCAUGCAAAGCUUAUCACAAAGACGAGCUGGAAAAGUUGAAAAUAGUAACAUUCUCUAUGCUGAUGUGAAACCCAUUAGUGCACAUGGAGAUAAUUCAGUAUCUCAGUGGCUGCAGGUGUCCACAAAAAACGCAUUCAUCUCCAUUGAGACACCGUCUACUGAGGAUUUAGGCUUACAGGCAGGUGCAUAUGGCAUCCUAACAGUGCUGUGUUAUGCCAAUGGAGCUGCCUCGCCUAAUUCAGGAGUGUAUGCUGGGGCUGACGUUCCUGGACUAAUUUUGGCCACCAGUUUUGGGGCAACAUUGUACUUCAUGACCAGAAAGAAUAUUAAAUUAGGGAAAGCAACUAUUAUAUCAAUAGGCGGUCUUGUAGCAGGUGCAGUUGUUGGGUCUGCUGUUGAAAGCUGGUUGCAGGUUGACAUUGUUCCGAUCCUUGGCAUACAUUCCCCUGCUACCAUAGUAAGUGAAUUUAUUCUCUUCUCUCAGUUAUUGGUCUCCCUGUACCUAAGGUAGGGUGAUUUCGAUAUUCUGCUAUUAAGUGCAUAUGAUAUAGCCACUUGUACAAAUUGGAUGGUGUAAAACUAAAACCCGUUUUAAUAAAUGAAUUUUCUGUUUGUGUAA